AUGGCAGAACCUACGACUGGCGGUUUUAUGAGCACUACGCAGGCGGCUGUGAUUUUGACCGAAUCGAUGGCGGAACUCAACAGUAGUUCUCCAGUCAUUCCAGAGACUGUAAUGCCGACUGAAGCUUUCUUGACGACCACAGGGAGUGAAGACUUUAUUACGAACGCAACUUCUAUUGCAGCAACACAGACAUCGAAAGUGAAUUUCGUCGAGUGGGAUUUGGACUUGGAUAUUCGAAACACAAUCAGCUCAAAUGCGGGAUGGGAAAUCGCCUUUGCCUGGAUAACCAUCAUCUUCGCCGUCGUUAUCGCCCUCUAUGGCCCCUACGUUUUCGGCUCUGAUAGAUUGAUCACUGGAAUGAACGUCGCUACCGAAAUGAUGGAGUUUUUCUUCCCUGUCCAGUACGUCGGCAAACCAGCUUCAGAAAAAAUAACAUACUACUCUCACGAAGCAUAUGUCUCGAAGAUACGAAGAUUUUCCCUCUACAUUGCUCUUACCAUGACUGGAAUCUCCCUUUUUGAGUACAUGGUCGGUCAAAUCGGCAGCUGCGCUUUGGCUGAUCACGAAAACGGCGGAGGAAGUCCAACGGCGCUUCAUGCUCACGUGGUUCUCUGCGUUUUCGCCGGCGUUUUGUCCUUCUCCCUGACCGUUGCCGCCAUGUUGAUGUUCAAACGCGGCUUUCUUCCUGAAGUGAUGAUGGUCUACGGAAUUCGCAAUGCUUUCAUGGUCUUUUUCUUUACAUCUACUUGGGUGCAUGCGAUGGGUUUUGACAAGAAAAUGAACGACUCGCUGAAUUCAUUAAAAUCCGGCAUUGACGACUUCCGCGGGAACUUUUAA